UGCGCUGCCACUGUGCGGCUCCCUGUCCCAUUAACUUCAGCUCCCUGGUUCCAGCCAAACCAGUCAGCCAAGGUGGUCCAGGCACGGGCACGUCAGGAGACUUCUGAGGAGUUUCACAGGCAGUAAUAUGGGGACUCACUGAAGACAUCAUAACGUCCUUCAUCGGCAGCAUACCGCUGGAGUAACCGAAAGCCUAGCCGUCAGCCCCCCCUCUCUGAUGUUGCUCAUGUGGGACAGCGGCCAGAGACAGGAUAACAGUGGCACUCUGGCAGUCUGUAUCAGGUCAGGAGAUAACAGACACCACAGGGCAGGCAGGCAGAGAGGGAGCUGAGAGAUGAAAGCAAAAGACAUAUGAGACCGUUCGACUGUCCAGAAGAAGAUCCUUAAAAGAAGAGACAACAGCGGACACCAUGAACUACGUGGGCCAGCUGGCAGGUCAGGUGCUGGUAACUGUCAAAGAACUGUACAAGGGCAUUAAUCAGGCCACGUUGUCGGGCUGCAUUGAUGUUGUGGUUGUCCGCCAGAGAGAUGGCACCUACCAGUGCUCACCAUUCCAUGUGCGCUUUGGCAAGCUGGGUGUACUGCGCUCCAAAGAGAAAGUGAUUGACAUCGAAGUGAAUGGAGAGCCGGUAGAGCUGCACAUGAAGCUUGGUGACAAUGGAGAGGCCUUUUUUGUCCAGGAAGCUGAGCAGCUGAAUCAGAUUGUCCCUGCCCACCUGGCCACAUCUCCAAUCCCCACCGAGAGUCACCUGUUCUGGAUCUCAGAGGUUGAGCACAGGGCACCGAAAGAUCUAGAGGAUGACCCCGCUGAUCCCGAGGACCCACCCGAGCUUCCUGCUCCGAACACCAUGUCCACAAAAAAGAAGAAGAGACGGAAGAAGAAGCACAAAGGAGACCCCCGAAGAGAGGAGCUGACCCCACCCAUGUCAGUGACAACGGGUAAUGCUAUUGCUGCUAACGCACCUGCUGCUACGACUGCUGCUAUGUCCAGCACUGGGCAAAAUGAAGAGAUCUUUGAGAUGGACCUGAGCUCUGACGAGGAAGCUGCAGCACAUGUCUCGAGAUCACCUUCAGUGACCACAAUGCGAGACAUUGACCCCAAAUUACCCGCAGCCAGACACAACCUCGAUGGUUAUCCACUGUCUGAUGGGGACUGGUCGUCAAAUGACAGUCAUGGCUUGUCUCAGGCCUUUUCCCCAAAGAGUGACUCUGAACUUAUGGUCAGGCCCUCAGAGAGUUUGCUCAGAGCUGAGUCCCACAUGCAGUGGACCUGGGGGGAGUUUCCAGAAACAACCAGGGUCACCAAAAAAGAGAAACCAGAACUACUAAAAACAGUGACCAUCACCCCAUCAGAGAACACCCACUUCCGCGUCAUCCUCAGCUCUGAGGCCAUGGAGAACGAGACUGAGAUUGAAAGGGGAGGUGGUGCCUCCUCCUCCUUGUGUACCAUCGUCAAGCCCGAGCCACGCACCCCGAUCACCACUGUAACACCUGUGAUUCCUCUCGCAUCUGUUGACACCAUUACCUCUAUGAGUCCCGUAACCCCCACAGAGCCCCUGGAUGUCCUGCCACCCAGUGUGGCAACCUCCACCCCUUACAACAGCCAACAGAGCGAUUCUCCCUCUAAGAAGAAAGGUGUCCCAAAGAGGAGCCAGCAUCAGGGUCCCGAGGAUAUCUACCUAGAUGACCUGAAUGUACUUGAACCUGAUGUUGCUGCACGAUAUUUUCCUAAGAGUGAGUCUGAGGCAGCGACAAAGCACUGGAUGGACUCAGAGAUGCACUCUGGUUCACAGUCUCCACAGUCAGUGGGCAGUGCAGCAGCCGACAGCGGGACAGAGUGUCUUUCUGACUCGGCUAGUGACCUCCCCGACGUCACUCUUUCUCUGUGUGGAGGCCUCACAGAAAAUGCUGAAAUAUCCAAAGAAAGGUUCAUGGAGCAUAUCAUCACCUAUCUGGAAUUUGCUGAAAAUCCAGCAAUAAUAGAUAACCCCAACCUGGUAGUAAAGAUAGGAAAUAGAUAUUAUAAUUGGACACUAGCUGCACCCUUGAUUCUAAGUCUACAAGCAUUUCAGAAGAACUUACCAAAGGCUACAGAGGAGGCCUGGGUGAAGGAGAAAAUGCCAAAGAAGUCAGGCCGCUGGUGGUUCUGGCGAAAAAGGGCAGAUAGUACAAUCAAGCAGUCGGAGACUAAGCUUGAAACCAAGGAGGAGUCUCAUCUGGAGGAGGAAGGACCCUCCAUGUCUCAGGAGAAACUGCCCUUACAGCCUAACGCAGGAGACUCGUCCAGUGAUGAAGAGGCCAAGGAGGUGAGCGCUGCAUCCUGUCAGGAGAGACUGCAGUCAAUAGAUAGUCAGCACCACCCCAGCUCACACACUUACAGGAAGUCACUACGCCUCUCCUCUGAUCAGAUAGCCAGUCUGAAACUGAAGGAGGGACCUAAUGAUGUGACAUUUAGCAUCACCACCCAAUACCAGGGCACAUGCCGCUGCGAGGGCACCAUCUACCUGUGGAACUGGGACGACAAAGUCAUUAUCUCUGACAUUGAUGGCACCAUCACCAAGUCAGAUGUGUUUGGACAGAUCCUGCCACAGUUGGGGAAGGACUGGACCCACCAGGGCAUUGCCAAGCUCUACCACUCAGUAGCUGAGAACGGCUACAAGUUCUUGUACUGUUCAGCGCGGGCUAUUGGCAUGGCUGACAUGACAAGAGGUUACCUGCAGUGGGUCAAUGAUGGAGGCACCAUUCUACCCCGGGGACCUCUAAUGCUGUCUCCCAGCAGCCUCUUCUCUGCUUUCCACAGGGAGGUCAUUGAGAAGAAACCAGAGAUCUUCAAGAUUGAAUGCCUUACAGAUAUCAAGAACCUGUUCCAGCAUAACAAGCAGCCAUUCUACGCCGCCUUUGGGAAUAGAGCUAAUGAUGUGUUUGCCUAUAAGGAGGUGGGAGUUCCAGUGUGUAGGAUCUUCACAGUCAACCCCAAGGGAGAGCUGAUCCAGGAGCAGACCAAGGGCAACAAGUCCUCUUACAGCAGGCUUAGUGAGCUGGUGGAGCAUGUGUUCCCUCUGUUGAGUAAAGAGCAGAACGAGGCCUUUGUCUUGCCGGAGUUCAGCUCUUUCUGUUACUGGAGACAGCCCAUACCAGACAUCAACCCUGAUGAACUGCUCUAAUCCAGCACAUAUGGAUGCCCAGGUGCUCAUAUACAUGCAAUUCGGCUGUGCGCUUGAAUGCAUCUCCAGGAAACACAUGGACUGAAACCCCAACUGUCCUAUAUAGCACUCAUAUGCACACAUAGUAACAGGGUUAUGACCAUAAAACACAAAAAAGAUGGUAAACAGUAAUUACCUAUUCAAGAGGAAUGGAAGUUACAAAGUGAUCUCCAGAAUUUCUCAUGCCUGUGACGGCAUUUUACCCCAGUGAGCACUCUAGUCCCCAUCAAAGUACAGGGAUAAAUAUCGGAGACUAACCUUUUCACUUUGUAACUUCUAGCAGGGAAGCGAAUGAAGCCCCACACGAGGCACUAGCCCUUAGCACCAGAGUCUGUGCUGUGCAGAAGGGAAAGACAUUUCUUGAAUCAAGUUUUUCCACGUUUCUCAAACGCCCUGAAAAAGUGAAAUGCCAAAGCAACAACAAAAAAAAAAAAAAAAAAA